AUGAGCUGGUGGGCGGCGGCUGGGGUGGCGGCGGUCGUCAUGGUGUUAUCGUGGACGCCGGUUGCUAAUGGAGACUGCUGGUUGAUCGAGGGGGAGAAGGGCUUCGUAUGGCUGGCCAUCUGCAGCCAGAACCAGCCGCCAUUUGAAGCCAUACCACAUCAUAUCAACAGCACCAUCGUAGACCUGAGGCUGAAUGAGAAUAAGAUUCGUAGUGUGCUGUACGCAUCUCUGAGUCGCUUCUCCAACCUGACCUACCUCAACCUCACCAAGAACGACAUCGCAUACGUAGAGGACGGGGCAUUCUCUGCUCUAUUCAACCUGCAGGUCCUCCAGAUGGGCUUCAACCGGCUGCGUAACCUGACGGAGGGCAUGCUGCGUGGCCUUGGGAAGCUGCAGUAUCUCUACCUGCAGGCCAACCUCAUCGAGUCCGUCAGCAGCAAUGCAUUCUGGGAGUGCCAGGACCUGGAGAACGUUGAUCUCUCUAUGAACCGCAUACAGGUUCUCGAUGGCUCCACGUUCCAGAAUCUCCCCAAGUUGACGACAUGUGAGAUCUACUCCAACCCGUUUGGCUGCACGUGUGAGCUUCUCGGUUUCCUGCGGUGGCUCGCCGCGUUUCCCAACCGCACGCGCGAGCGAAUGAGCUGCGAUUCGCCGCCCGGUUUCCAAGGCUACAGCCUGCUGUCGACCAAUCCCAACAUGCCCACGUACCGCAACGCGUUCCACGCGCUCAAGACCGUCUGCACCGACGACCCUCGCCGGCCGAACAUACACCUGCUAGCCACAGGGGAGGUGGGAAGUCCAAGGGGCGGGCCGAUGGGAGGUGGUCCUGGCCAAUCGCGUUGUGGCGUGCUGGAGGAGUGUGCCUCAGGCUCCGCCCCCACUCCGGACGAACCAAUCAGCACGAGCCGUGGUGGUGUUGGGGUGUCAGGGGUGUCUGGGGGGUCCGGAGUGGGGUCCUCGGGUCCAGUGAUGCGGCUAAAGGACCUUAGCACCACACUACAGGGCCAUACAGCUGUGGUGUCGGUGCACAUCCCUGACCCCUACCGCAAACUUUACGUGCUGGUGCAAUAUAACAACAGCUUUUACACAGAUAUUCAGACGCUGAAGCUGCCUCGCGAGGAGCUGGAGUUGCCUCGCCUGCGUCCCCAUACGGAGUACACGUACUGCGUGGUGUCUGUUCGUAACGCGUUGCGCUUCAACGAGACGUGCCUGUCGAUCCCCACGGGGCCGCGGGCCGUACGCGAGCGCCUGCCCGGCGAGUCCAACGCCACCCACUACAUCAUGACGCUGCUGGGCACGCUCUUCGGGAUGCUGCUGGCCCUCGGAGCCGCAUGGCACUGCAUGCGGAGGAAGAGGAGGGAGGAGGAGAGGAGCCGCAAGCUGUGUCAGAUGAAGAGGAGCCUCGUGGAGCUACGAUAUGGUGGCCAGGUGGGGACAUUAGGUGGUGGUGGUGGUGAUGGUCAUCGUAUGGCCCCUGCUAUGGAGGCCUACCAGCUGCAGCUUCAGGAGGUGGUGGAUACCCCAGCCAGGGGCUCCACCUCUGGCGCCCCCAAGGGGAACUACAUGGAGGUACGUCGUGAGGAGCCCAUCCCCCCGUCCCAGCUAAGCGACCCCGACCGCGACGAGGCCUGCGGAGGGGUGCUGGACGACUCCGAUCACCAUGGUGACGUGCCCCCGCCACAGGGUUCCGUGGCCGAGAUCUGCACCAUCGCCAAGGAGGUGGACAAGGUCAACCAAAUCAUCACUAACUGCAUCGACGCACUCAAAUCAGACUCCAGCUCAUUUCAGCCCCCGCCUCCCGGCCUGGUGUCCAUGGCGAUGAGUGAACACGGCGACCCCCAGCUGGUGAUGUCAUCAUCGGCGGCGGCGGCGGCAUCGGACCGGCGUUGUUCCCCGGGCGGCCGCAGCGUCGGCAGGGCUGAGGGGAGUGGCUUCCUGUCUCCAGCCUACAAGGGUCGUGGCCCUGGCUCGGCCCGACCCAUCCUCCAGCGACAUCACAGCGUGGAGGCCCCGCCCAUGAAGCGAGGGUCCGCCUCCUCGGGAGGCUCCCUGCGCUCGCCGCGCUCCCUGCGCUCCGUCUCCGUGGUGACGCCGGCGGCGGUGAUCCUGCGAGCGGAGCUGCCCCUGGACGCCUCCCAGCAGAGGCCCCCCAUCCUGGAGCCCCUGUCCCUCUCCUCCAGACCCUGCGACCUCUCCUACUCACAGCUCUCCCCAGAUGACUUCCAGCUCUCUUACGCAUCGAGUCCCGAGAUCUCGUGCGGUGGCGCUCUGAGCCUGUGGGAGCGGUUCCGUCUGCACCGCAAGAGGCAGAGGCACCACGAGGGGGAGGAGUAUCAUGUGGCAGCCGGACAUGCCCUCCGACGCAAGGUGCAGUUUGCACGCGACGAAGACCUGCACGACAUAUUGGACUACUGGAAAGGGGUGUCUGCACAGCAGAAGGCCUGA